AUGGCUGGUAAUCCGCCUGGCCGGCUGUGGGAACGCAGCGGCACCGUGGAAACUCAGAGAACAGUGUCCUCGGCCAAGGCGGCAGAACUGUGGGAAGAAGAACACCCACCUUACAAGUUUGCUGGGAAGUUAGACAGGAUGAUGUGUUUACCCUACUUGGCGCGGUGUCUGGCAUUUGGGAUUCGUGUCCUGACCAGAUCCCUCUGUGUCUCCCCUCACUUGAAUCCAGAAUCAGGAUUCGGACCACGAAGGACAGGUGUUUCCGGAGAGGACCCAGACCCUGUGAUGGUAACUGGGACCCUAGGGGGGUCUGUCACUCUGCCCCCGCAGCUACAGGCUGGAAAGCCGGUGGAGAGCAUCUCUUGGAUAUCCCGUUCCGUCUCCAUGCCCAUAGCCAUUGUAACCUUGGCAGAAGCAGGAGGGCCAGACACCUUUUAUGAGGCGGAGACCAGGUAACAGGGUCAUGUGAGUGUGGUGGGCCCGGGCCACUCCCUGCAGAUCAGCAACCUGAGCUGGAAGGAUGCGGGGCCUUACCGAGCCCACAUGAACCUGAGGAGCUCCCGCAUCACCCGCACCCGGGAGUACCAGCUGCAAGUCUAUGAGCAGCUGGCCCGGCCCCGUGUCACACUGAGCUCCAGGAUCGGUGAGAGUGGACACUGUAUCUUCAUCCUGACAUGUGAGGCCAAAAGCAGAGGAGUCUCUGUGACCUACAGCUGGCUACCUCUGGGACCCCGGACUGUUGUGUCCCGUGGAGGGUCUGUCCUCAGUGUCUCCUCAAGGCUCAGGGACAGGGCUCUGACCUUCACCUGCGUGGUCAAGAACCCAGUCAGUAACAGCAGCUCCCUCCCCGUCUCAGUGCCGUCCUCGUGUCCAGAGAAGCUGCAGGAGCCCAAUAUCACUGUCAGCUCCCGGAUCACGAAGGAUGGGGCCUGUUACAUCACCCUGAUCUGCUCCCUGCGACAGGCCGGAGAGGAUGUUCAGUACAGAUGGGCACCCCUUGGCCAGGGGGCAGUUAUGUCCCAUGGGGGAACCACUCUCCGUGUCUCCUGGAGACUGGGGGUCAGCGACAGCUAUCGCUGCACGGCCAGCAACCCGGUCAGCCAGAGCUCCAGCUCCAUCCCCACCAGGCCCCUCUGCUCAGCCUCCUUUCUACCCUGCUCCUUGAAGAAAGAAUUUCUUAUUUUUUUGAUCCUGGGAGCUUUGCAGAUUGAACAGAUUGACUUUGACAAGUGGAGAAGCCAAGAGGAGGAAUGUGAGAGGGGUCACCUUGUGGGACACAGAGAUGAAGAAUUCUGUACCUGGGCCCCACAUGCCAACAUCUCCUGGUGA